AUGGAGGUAGAGGGCGAGGAUGGAGGCGGCGAGCACGAGAUGACGGAUGUCCACCGAUUACUGCUACAGUAUUUUAUUGAUGUUCAUGUGGAAAAGGAGGCCAUCGUGCGAAAGAAAUUGGGCGACAUCUGCGCGUAUUUCGAAGUGACGCCAGCGGAACUGGAGAUGGUGAUUUCGACGAUUAAUCACAACAUGCAUUUCCUCUGGCUGGAAAUACGGCGCGUGGUGGACGACCAGACGGGUGUGGGGUGGUAUGGCAUCGCCAACACACGUGCCGACGACGUCGCCAAGUUGGCCACCUCCUACACAGAGCGAGAGGUCGAGUUCCUCAAGAAGCUGAUCGAAGCGAUUGUAGACUAUGGAGGCAUGAUCAGCGCCAGCCAGCUCUCCAACGCGAUACCACCGGGAAUGCCGAAGCAUGAAGCCAAGGACACGGCCGCCGCCUUCAUCGCUGACCAUUGGCUUUGCGAACCUAGAAGCGGACACGUUUCCCUCGGUGUGCGUACCCUGCUGGAGCUGCACUCCUACAUCACGGAGUCGUUCCCUGACCAGCUGCGCGAGUGCGUCUUUUGCCACGAGCUCGUCGUGCUGGGUGAGGGCUGCCCCAACCGCAAGUGCGACACGCAGGCGCACUUCCACUGCCUGCGACGGUGGUCGGUGGGCAAGGACAAGGGCAAGGGCAAAGGGAAAGGCCCGCUGAAGUGCCCCUCCUGUACGCUCGAUUGGACGCCAGGGCAGGGGAGGAGCGGACCCGCGCAGCGCAGCAGCGCCGACACCAGCAGCAGUAGCUCGUCUUCCAAGAAGACGAUCCCACGAUCCGAAGACGAGGAGGAGGAGGAGGAAGAAGGAGAGGGAGAAGAGGAAAUGGUCGAGGAGGCAGAGGAUGACUAA